AGCACUGGUUGUCAGUAACUACAACAUACGGGUUCUGAUAAUACUACAAAUUCUUUGGGUCCUCCAUUUUGUAAUGGGUUGAAGAAAUCUAUCAUAAGGACCUGACUUCAGACAAUGGAAUUGUAUAUACAAACAUUAACUGGAACUGCCUUUGAACUUCGAGUCUCACCAUUUGAAACCAUAAUGUCAGUGAAAGCAAAGAUUCAAAGGCUAGAAGGAAUCCCCAUUUCUCAUCAGCACCUUAUUUGGCAUUCUGUUGAACUAGAAGAUGAUUAUUGUUUACAAGAUUACAACAUUUAUAGUGGUGCCACACUGAAACUAGUCUUGGCAAUGAAAGGUGGACCAAUCAACACAAGAAGAAUACCAGUUGAAGACUCAGCCUUGAGAGAAAUGGCAGAGUAUAUGGAAGCCAAUAGAGAGGAGCUCCUUGAAAAGCUGCCUUCAGCUAGCAAUGUGACUUUAUUAGUUUAUAGAGAAGGAGACAAACUCAAUUUCUUUCGUGUUGUUGAUCCUCACACGGAUGGAACAAUAAGUCCUGGAUCUGAAGCUAUGUACCCUGUUUGCAAUACUCAAGAUGAAGGUGAUGAUGAAGAUGAUGAUGACCAGCCACAUAAUAAUGAAAAACUUGAGGAAAACUUUAAAAUGAAAGAAAAAAUGGACCAGUUAAGAGUCAAUAUGGAAAAAAUUACUCUCACCAAAAAGAAAAAGAAAGAGAAACAUCCUGGCAAUGGUUCCAGAUUACCAAGUUUGACGUCAAGAUCACAGUCUGCUCAUAAAUCACUCAAUAAAAACUUUUGUCUUCCUCCUGUUGGCAUAUUAUGCCCUCAUUUAGUGCCCAACUGUGGAGCUGAGGCAGCAGCUAGUGAAACUUUUGACCCACUUGCCCAUAUAGCUGCAGCAUCAGCAGAAACUCCUUCCCUAGACUUACCAGGCUCUAGUUAUGUACACAAUUUUGGCCAUGAUUCAGCAGCCUCUGAGGAAGAAACUAAGGGGCAUAAUCAGUCUGACUGCACUGGAGCAGAGGGUUCUCCUACACCAACUAUUAACUCCAGAUUAACAAAUACAGAGGGCUCAACUACCCCAACCAUCAACUCCAGAUUAACAAAUAUAGAGAGUUCAGCUACCCCAGCCAUCAACUCCAGAUUAACUAAUACUGAUGGUUCAGCUACUCCAACCAUAAUAAACUCUAGAUUAACAAACACAGAAGGUUUAUCUACACCUGCCAUCAACUCCAGAUUAACAAACGCAGAAGGUUUAUCUACGCCUGCCAUCUACUCCAGAUUAACAAACACAGAAGGUUCAUCCACACCGGCAAUCAACUCCAGAUUAACAAAUACUGAUGCUUCUCAAGUCAGUACUACCACAGGUUUGAGAAGAAAUGUACUUGGUUUGAAUACUUUAUCAGAGGUAUCACCACACCCUUCAGGUUCAUCCAAAAGAUGGGAAGGUGUUUCUCUGUUAGAAAAAAGAGCUUUAAAUAAUUCUUCCUUUGUAGGAUUAACUGAGGACAAAGGAAAGUUACCAGGGAAAAGAAAAGUUUCAGAACGCUGGAGUUCAAUUUAUGGGGUCAAAAGUUCUUCAGAUGAGGAUAAAUCACCACAGACACGAAAAGACUUUCUUCUUGAUUCUUAUUUACGACCAAGUACAACUCGUCUUAAGGAAUUUGCUUUAGAGAGUUUAAGCAGCAGUGAAGCUCGUAGUAUGUCAGGUUUAUUACGUCAGGCAUCUAUAGAGAAAAUAGGAUCUUCUCACAUUGGCAGCCUUGCUAACAGUGCCAAUAAAUCUCGCUUGGGAAAUUAUUAUAUUCCAGAGAAUGGCAGACUUUCUACACCAGAUAAAAUGCUGUCAGCACGUCACAGAUUACCACCUGUCAAAUCCAAGAAAAAAAACAAAAGAUGUUAUUUAUGUGGGAAAAAAACUGGUUUGGCCACAAGUUACCAAUGCAGAUGUGGCAGUAACUUCUGUGCAAGCCAUCGCUAUGCAGAGACUCACCAUUGUACAUUUGACUACAAAACUGAAGGCAGAAAGUUGUUGGAACAGAGUAAUCCUUUAGUCACUGCACCCAAACUACCCAAAAUAUAGGAUCAAAUAUCUCAGUGAUAACAUAAUUCUGUUUACCUCGGAUCAAUAAUAUAUGUUUAAAUUAGAUCAAAGAUUUUUUGUUGUCAUGAGUAGGAUAUUUAUUAGACCUACAUUGAAUCCUAGAACGUUGCAAUUUUUUUUUUUUAUUUGACACAAAAUGGUUUUAGUGUUUCAAUGAGCUUGUUAUGAAAUAGAGAUUGCAGUCCCUCAUUGAAUCUCACAUUCAUUGAAAUAGGAUCAGUUAUUUUUAAGUUGGAGCAGAAGUCAUCUUGAUUUCUUGAUAAUAUUAGAGUGAAGGCUAGUGAUCCUUUUAAGUGUUUUUUUUUUCCUAACAAGGUUGUGAGCAUUUACACACAACCAAUAUGUUUUGUUGCUGAAUUGGAUCAUUAUCUUUUUUUUUUUUUAAUUUUUAUAAUUGCAGACUUGUUGUUUAGUCAAUGUGUACCUAUAAUGGUCUAAAAAUAAAAGCUGAAUUGUGAUGUCAUGUAAAUAUAUAUAUACAUAUAAAUGUUAACUAGAUUCAAAACAUUAAAGUUGCCUUUUUUUUUCAGCAGUGUACGGAGUGUUCAGACACUUAAUCACAUAUUUAUAUUGUCAUUCCCAAGACCAAAAGCGAAAUAAAAAAAUGACAUUUGAUUGGAUUGAGAAACCUCCAAUUCUGUAUUAACUAAUCUAAAAUCAACUCAUGUUCCUGUAAUUUAAACUGGGUUGGAAUGUUUAGAUUAUACAAUAAGCUUUAGAGUAGAAUUUACUUUUCAAAUACAUUGAUAUGAAGUUAUCUGUUGAAUUAUUUCAUCUAAUGAACAAGAUUAUCUGUUAUUAAUAAAAAUGUGUUUUUUAUUCAUUGAAAAAAAAAGUUCUUUUUCUUAGCUUGUACUUUGUGAUAUUUCUAUAUUUUAUUUUGUGUUGGAAAGUUUGCUGUGAAAAUAAAAUGUUUUUAAUGGAUUGUCAGGUUUUAAAUAAAUAUUUGAUAAAGUUUUGCCUGUAA